AUGGAGAAGAGCCUGGAGAAAAUGCAGAAGAAGCCGGUGCGCACUAUCGCGGCUGUUUGCAAUGACAUGGGCAUGGGGAAAGACGGACAAAUGCCCUGGAAUUUACCGUCUGAAUUCCAGUAUUUCAUCAACACUGUCACCAGGGUGUCGAGACCAGGAAAGAUGAACAUGAUGGUCUGGGGCGAACAGUGCUGGUUAUCCCACCCAGAAACAACAUUCCCAUUGGCUAAUAUUCUACAUGUGGUGUUGAGCACCAAACUGAAUGAAGUUCCAGAUCAUGCCCACUUCCUGUCUGAUGACUUUGAGAGCGCUGUCCGCUUGGCUGCAGAGCCCCCCCUCGCUGACCUGAUAGAGACCAUCUGGGUCGUUGGUGGUAUGCAGGUCUACAAGGCCGGGCUGAGUCACCCGUGGUGUGAUCUGGUUUAUCUUACCGAUGUCAUGGCUGACUUUGAGUGUGAUGUCUUCUUCCCCGAGUUUGACAGAGGAGUGUUCAAACUACAAGAAAGAUUUCCUCAGGUACCGAGUGGCAUUCAGGAGGAGAACGGCAUUACGUACAAAUUCCAAGUAUUCAAGAAAUCGAUCUGUGAUGCCAUUUAG